AUGACAUUCGAGGUUCGCUUCUGCAGAAUUGGCACGUGCCAAUAUAGUCUGAUUUUUCUGAAGAGCUUGCUGCCGUGGUGUCUUUUCCCUCGUGAAGUUAUUUUUCUACAAAUUGAAGAUUGGACGACAGAGUCUUUACAGCAUAGCACGUAGAGCUUUCUGCAUUGGUACCGGAGAGAUGGCCGAAUGGAGUUUCUUCAACACCGCACCCGAUAUGGUUCCGUCUGCAGGUGAUGCAGUGAAGGUGUACACAGACGGUUGCUGUUUAAAUAAUGGGAAACCUGGAGCACGCGCUGGAAUUGGAGUCUACUGGGGACCAGCCCACUCUAUGAAUGUUUCUGAGCGGCUACAUGGAAGACAAACCAACCAGAGGGCAGAAUUGAUGGCUGCCUGUAAAGCUCUGGAACAAGCGAGAGAUGAAAACAUUAAGAAGCUUGUACUGUAUACAGAUAGCAAGUUUACCAUCGAUGGCAUCACAAGUUGGGUGAAGAGCUGGAAAGCUAACGGCUGGAAGCGGGCUUCCGGUGGGGAGAUCAUCAACAAAGAUGAUUUUGAAAAACUUGAUAAAUUAAAUCAAGAGUUGAAUGUUGUAUGGAUCCACAUUCCUGCCCACGAAGGCUAUAAAGAGAAUGAAGAGGCGGACCGGUUGGCGCGAGAGGGAGCGUCGAAACAACUGACGCGAUGCCCUGAAAUGAAGCCGUUAUCUGUCAGUCAUUAAAAUGAAAGGCAUGGCAGCAUCUAACGCUCAUGCUCUUGACUGUACUUCUGAUUAUUGUACCUAUAAACAAGUGGGGCUUCAAGGUUUCUGCGUGUGCCAAGCCCUUUUUUUGCUGUAUGGCCUUGUUUAUUUCAAAAUAAAAUUGAAUAUUCAUUAAAGGUCCAGGACACUGUGAA